UUUGCCUAAUAAUAGCGUUUCGCGCCGACGGUCGGCAGAGGACAGGGCAGUAGCUUCUCCGACGCACAGCGCAGCCAGUCGCCGCCUCCCAGACCGCUCAAAAGUCAGCAGGCCCCAGGAAGAUGUCCAGUGGCGUAGUGAUGGGGAAGAGGGUCGUGGGGCGACCACGUGUCGUGACGGUGGGGCAAGGCGGCGUGGAGGCCGGCCGGGGAGGGAUCCACUGUUGCUGCUGUACGUGCUGCACGUGCGUCCACCUGGUUUUCCUCAGGACCACGGAGGGCAGACUGAAGCUCUCUCAAGUGGUCCUGGCCGCGGUUUGCCAGAGCCUGGUACUGAACUACGGAACGCCGUACUCCCAGACUCUGGGUCCCUCGUACGACAGCUUCCUUACCACAGUGGCGUCGUGUCUGCUCACAGCCAGUAUCCUCUUCGCCUGCUACCUGCUGUCCGCGAAGUCGCACGGCCUGCUCAGGGCCUCCAUGUUCGAGACUCUGUUCAACGCCGUGGCUGCGUUCCUGUAUCUCUCGUCGUCGAGCUACUUGUCUUACGCCGUCAACGCCUACCUGAGGCCCCUGUACGUCGUGACGCCCUUCUUCCAGGUUUACCCCGCCAUGACAGCGGCCUACAUGCUGGGUCUUGUUCUGGGAGUCCUCCAUGGGUACGACGCGUACCUGGCUUACAGACAAUUCCGUGGCUACACUUAAAGUGAACCAAACCCCGUUCUGUGUUCCCUGAUUGGAGCAAUAGUGUUGUUUAUUUUAUCAGAACGAAUUAUUUUGCACAUUUUAUCACCUGCCGGCUGAGUUUCGGUUCUUGAUAAGUUCUAUCAAGCAGGAAAACGUCACUAACCUUUGCACACUAAAAAGCUUUCAAUCUUUCAAAGGUAAAAUUUGUCCUGUCAUUAAAGUACAGGGUGUUCCACUUGAAACGCAAACCUAACUACGGUUCUGUCGUUCUAUAAGAUUCAUCCUAUAUUUGUUUAAAUCUCGUCAGUCUAAUCACAAUAAAAUUCCUAUUAAAUAUUAAAAU